UGCCACAAUUCUGUAAAGGUUGUUGUCAGCGUCAGCAAAGGUAGUGGAUGGUGUGAUAUUGGUGACCUCUCACUGGUACAAGGUUAGCUGUUGCAGGUCUUGAAAUAGACUGGCGUGGAUGUAUUAGGUACUUCAAGGUUACCAGUGUCGAAUUAUGCAGAUAAUUGUGCGGAAUGAGGUCUCUCUGACAGCGUCAAACCAGUCUCCUGAUCUGGCCGUGAUAACAACUGUUGACAGUUUGUUGAACUGUCCUACCAGCUAGAGAGGCCGUGUCUCUGUUCACAUAACAAAGGAUCGGCAACCGACUGCGUAGUAUCGGGAACUAUCUGGAGCACUUUAACAAGCGACGCACAAUUUUGUGACUCUGAACAGCUGGCGAACGACCUGUUUACGGAAGAGAAGGGCAGCUCGUUUCAUAUACAGUAUGCAUGCAUAUCGACGACGGAAGCCAUCGGAAUAACGACCCACAAAAGCCAAUAUAUACCGCAAUGCUACCCAAGGUUAACAACCUCCGCUCCUGAUAUUGGACGUGUGAGCGGUCUUGCCCUAAAGACGUGAUGACUAUAUACAACAAACGAGGACCCGCCCCUAUAGACAAAGGGUGGUCGUGGGUCGUUAUGUCUGCGGUCAUGCUGUCAACAUUUCUUGAGAUGGGAUUGUACAAAUCGUUUGGAAUAUUUUUUGUCGAGUAUGUUGAAAAGUUUGGAUCGAGUGCUACGAUGACGUCAGUGAUAUCAGGAGUGUAUUUGGCAGGAUACAGCUUUGUGGCGCUAAUUAUGAUGACGUACGGACUCGGUAGGAUCAGCUGUCGACAAUCUGUGAUGAUAGGCGGUGUCUUCAUUUCUAUCGGUUACCUUGUGUCCAGUUUGGCCACUACCAUAGAAAUUGUCAUCCUCGCUCAGGGAGUGUUCACUGCCAUUGGAUCAGCCUGUAUACACGGCCCAAGCAUUGUGAUACUGAACAAAUACUUCGACAAACAAUGAGGAUUAUCAAACAGUCUCGCCAUUUCCUGUGGUAGUCUAGGCGGCCUGAUAUUACCGAUUCUUUUUCACGAAUUAGUAAAGCUGUAUAGCCUAGAGGGCGCUUUGAUGAUAACAUCCGGUAUUAUUUUGAAUUGUACUUUUGCUGGUGCAUUGAUGCGACCUAUAGAUCAGUAUCAACUAGAAAGCAAAUUGACAAAUGAAUCUUUCCUGAAAGAAACAGAGAAAACCCAAGACAAAAAAGAAAUGACGAAUGUGUCUGAAAUUUCAAAAAUAGAUAUGAAUCAAACGUUACAUGCUCCGGAACAACACACAGAAUGUAGCACAACCGGGGAAAUAAUACGAAGAAAAACUAAAAUCAAUGAUUUUUCUGGAAGUUGUAUAAGUUUAACUCAUUUACCAAAUUCUGCGAACAAUAUUGAAUUACAACAUGGACAGGAUGAUAUGGACGAUUCAAAAUGUGCCUCGAAAUGCGGGAUUCUAUCACAGAUCUUUGAUUACACGCUUUUCAAAAACCCAAUGUUUGUGAUACUUAUAACUGGAGUAAGUCUAGGGCAGAUUGAAUGUGCCCUAGCACAUAUUUUCAUUCCUCCAUACGCAAAAGAUCAGGGACUGGCUGAACGUGACAUUCCCCUGGUAGCCGGAACUAUUGGAAUCGCCGAGUUUAUUGGCAGGUUUUCAGUUGGAAUACUUGGUGAUGUACAGUGCAUUAAGAGACACUUAUUGAUUGCUGGUUCGUUAAUUUUAACUGGAACUGUGACACAUUUUGUACAUCUGUAUGAUAAUGUGUGGACGUUCGUGCUAUUCUCAGCCCUUUACGGCAUGUUCAGUGGCGUGCUGGUAGCUUUAUAUUCCCCGGUUUGUGUUGAUUACUUAGGUAUCGAACGUUUCAGAAAAGCCUAUGGGAUAUGUUGCUGUGUUACUGGAAUAGUUACCAGCGUAUCGGCUCCUAUAUUUGGGUUUUUACGAGAUUUGACUGGGUCAUAUGUCCUCACAUUCCACGUAAUGGGAAGCUGCGCCCUGAUUGGUGGAAGUGUUUUUCUGUUAUUACCCUUGGCGAAACGCUAUGAGGACAGAAAGCUAGAAAGGACGAAAAUACCACAACGGUUGCCACUAAUAUAGAUGCAAAUCUUACAAAGAAGUAUGUGCGGAAAGCAGCCAUUUUUAAUGAGGAUGCAAACUUAUUUUUAAACAUGGAAGCAAAUGAAUCAUUUACAAGUGAACUGUGGUUUUUUUUUUUAUCAAAAAACAAUAAAUGCAAACACAUUGCAUCGAUACAUUCAUUGUAAACGAAUGUUUAAAUUCGAAUUUGAACCAUAUCUGUCACUGCAGUACAUCGAAGUGUAAUGAGUAUACAGUUAAUUAAUGCCCUUUCAGUCAAUAGUCAAAACUUUUUUCCCGAGGUGUUGGAACCAACCUGGUGAACUAUUGCCCAAUGCCUACGGGGAACUUGGUAAAUAGUUCAUCAGGUUGAUCCCAAAAUCUCGGAACACAGUUUUGACUAUUGACUGAACGGGCAUGAAUAAACUAUUUUGUUACUAACAAUUAUCUGCUUGGACUACAUUUGUAUCCAUAUGAAUCCCUGUUUUCAACUACAUGUAAUUCCAGUAAACCCUGCUCUGAUAUUUCUUGAAAACGUUCUCUUUGAGCGACAGCCAUCUUCUGAAACGUCUGCUCGUAAACAAACGACGUCAGUGUUCGCAGAGCGCUUUAAUCGAGAUCAAAUAAUGCUUGAGUACGUUCGUUUCUAAGGAAACGUGUGCUAGUUCGAGAGCUUGUCAUGAAAAUAUUUUUGCUGAUUUGCUGUAUAUGAAUUACGCUAUUGAAUAUACUUUUUUUAUUACUUUUCAUAUAGAGAGUGAGGUAACAAUUUUUCUUGCUAGCGAUUUCUGAUUAAAAUAUUUCCAACAACGGAAAGUUUCAGAACCUUCGUUUUGCACUCGCUAUUUUUGUGUAGGUCAAUGCUAUGCUUCCUUUUACAUCGGUAUCAUAAACACAUAUUUGCAUGAAAAUUUCCCUUGUGUGUUAGUUUGGCACAAAUAGAUCCACUACAUGUGUGUAACUUUGUUGCCUGAAUGCACGGUGCUACCUUACGUUAAUUAGAAAUAUCCAAACCAAUUUUAGUUAUUUAUCAUAAAGUUAACCAUAUUGAAAAGGAUGUUACUAUCGAUAAAAUGACUUUUUAUGGAGUUGAAUAUCCUAGGAUCUAUUAGGAAACUGUUAGAUUUAGUCGCCUUAUUAACGAUAAUUUUUGCAGAGUAACAUACUUUUAUAAUUGGGUAUUCUACCUAGUAUAUCUUACAUUUUUCUGGCCUUUUGUGCAAUGUAAGCUAGUCCACUGUAGUCACACGGGUUACCCCUUCUGACUAAAAUAAUAAAUCCCUUCAAAUUCAUUAAUAUAUGUUAUUAUACAAAUCAAACUAUAUAAAAAAAUAUUCAUAUGUGUUUAUUGUAUUUUCUAAAAAUAGAUUGGAUUAUUUUUAUAUCCUAUUGAACAAUUCAACAAAAAUUGUUUAAAAGAAAAUAGAUGAACCUUAAAUAAUGAUUGAUGACAGGUGCUUUGUCCCUUUUUCGUUGUUAAGAGUUGAAGGCAUUCGAUUACUGUUGUCAGAUUGUUUUCAGCAUUUGUUAUACAUUUUGUAUUCAGUUCUAAAUACUUUUGCUGAAUAAAAAGACAUUUUCACAAUGAAAGAACGGUUUUAAUUUCUAGAAGUGACAUGUUUUUUAGUAAAAGCAAUUGUUAUUAUUAUGAUAUGUUUGAUACAAUGUAACAGGGGACAUUCGUCACAAAAAUGUCCUUCAUUUAAUAUACUAAUGUUGAUGUUAUCAUUCCAGUGUUCAGUACAGAUCGGUAGUGUCAAGUUGUCAGGGGUUCCACAGGAGGCACAAAACUAAGAAUGCACAUCUUCCUGGUGCAGUGUGAACUCAGGCAGACCACUGUUUCAAUAGUAAAUGUCUAUGCUCCUAAACAGUCUUAUGGGAAGACCUUGAGCUGCCAUGUAAGCAAGUAAGCAAUUGCAUGCACAUCAAUAUCCCUCGAAUGCACUUGCUUAAUAUUGAAACAAGUAAUCAGUUUCUUUUUUAUUGACAGUACUUUUUCAGUGAUUACAGGAGACAAAACAUAAAUUUUGAAUAGUUUUAACACUCAAGUAAUAAAUAUAAUAUACAACAUUUGAUAUAGUGCCCUAUCUAGCUAGAAUAAGCCAAUCUA